UGUUUGGAGUAAAGACAAGAACGCGGAGGGGAAAACUACUGUGACCACCUCGCAACUUUUCGGGCCACAAAAACACUCUACAACCCGAAAAACCAUAAUGAAAUAUACUUCCAGCGUUGCUCAGAAGACGUAGAAGUUGACGUUAAAGUAACUUUUUGAAACUGGAGCUUCUUCCUUGUUCGCCAACGGGGUGAAAUAUCUCAACAUCCUCACAAAGAAACUUUGCUUGCUAGGCUGCUAACUCGCACACAAGCCAGAAAAAAAGCAUGACCACCGCCGAGGAUCACUUUAUCUCACGCUAUCAGUAACAUCUCAUCUGUCGAGCUAAGUGCAACUGGGGGAUGUUUUAACCUGGAAAUGAUAUUUAUAUGACUAAAGCAGACCUUUGUAACGGUUUUUGGUAGUAGUCAUCAUCACCAGUGGAGGAAGGGUUGCAGCUGCUGAUUUAGCCAACAGUGUUUCCACAGAGCGCCCCCAAUCUCCACCAGCUAUCCACUGCUUUUUGUCAGCCACUUAGGAGCCACAUAGUCCCCAGAUUUGUUUCUGGAACGAUGUCCGGCCGAAGUGGAAUGGGACAGAUCCGGGGGGUCACUCUGGGAACACAGCCCCUCAAGGCUACUAUUCCCUAUCAGCUGUCCAGCAAGCCAAGAUCACACCGGAAGGAUGGGAAGACAGCUGGAAAGCCCAAAUCGCACCAGUUGAGCUCUGGCAUGAGGCGGGCGAUGUCUCUGGAUGCCAUCAUCGGGCCAUACCUGCAGGGACACUGGCCCAAAGAACCAGAGGGCCCGAGCAGCCAGUCUCGCAAGGACAAGUCCACCCAGACCCCAGACUCGUGGUCUGAUAAAUCCCAGAGCAGCAGAAGAAGCAGCAGCAGCCACAAACGAUCGGCGUCAUGGGGCAGCGCUGAGAAUCUGCGAGAGAUCGCUAAACUAAAACAACAGCUGCAGCAGCGCAGCAAACCUGCAGUCUCAGGGGGGCACGACAAAGACCGCCAGUGUGGAUAUCCUCAGGGGAGCUGUAGCCUAGGAACUACUCGGACUCAGCCCAUUUCCAUCCCCCUUGCCCCACUGUCUACUCUCGUCCCUCGGCUGCGCUGCAGUGUGGAGGGACUCAACCAGGAGCUGGAGGGCAUGUUCAUCUGCCAGCCAGCGCAUCCUCAGCACAGGCUCCUUGAGGUUCCAGACGGUCACCGGGCUCCGGUCCCUCUGCAGAGCUGCAGCAGUGGAUCUCAGAGUGACCCCUCCACUACACCGAUGUCGUCAUCUUCCUCCACAUCCUCCUCCCCCACAAACUUCUCCAAUUCCCCACCACACCAUGAAGAUGCACCUCUGGGUCUGCACCAAGAUUUGAUAGACGGUGCAAAGAUGUGCCUCCUGUCUCCGUUCCCGUCACAGAAUGAGGCCGACCUCUCCGUGCCUCUGCUGAUGUCGUCCUCCCCGGGGCCCAACAAGAGUUGCUGCUUCCAGAGAGAGCCGCCGGAGGGCUGCGAGAAGGUCAAAGUCUGGGACGAAACCAGCUCUCCACGCCAACCCAAGCCCGCCCUCCUCUCCUCCUGCCCUGACCCCAACAAGGUAAACUUCACCCCCUAUGGGGGCUCCGCCUUCUGCCCCGUCAACCUCCUGAAGCCGCUGCUCCCCUCCAUGGACCUGUUGUUCCGCAGCCUGGCCGUCUCUCCUCCAGACCCCCCCACCGUCUCCCCCGCUGUGGUGGGAGAAAGCUCUGGGGAGGGUCUCGCUUUCUGAGCAGCUGCAGAUCUUUUUCUGCGAAAAGUAUAGUGCGUAAUGCAAAUAUUUGCUUUAUUUUAGGAAAGGACCAUUCCAUAUCUAUAGAGGUUUAAAAUUAUCUUAUGUUGAAGAAAACAAAUAAUAAUAUUGAAAAAAAGUCAUAUCUUGUAUGCAAUCCAAUGGAUUUGCUUGAUGGUUUAUUUGCUUUAUUUGGCCAAAAACACAAGUGAGAGACAGGGCAGUCUUUUGUACUCUUAACUCUGAAGUCUGUUGGAUGACUGACCCCCUAACUUCACAUUUGUUUUAUGUUUCCCCAAAGAAAGCCAUGACACAAACUUAUGUUAUUAUACUGCUUUUUAAACUGCGUCAUCUCUGUAGUCGACUCGCAAACGCCCUGCGCGUGUAAGUUUGCUUGUUUUUAAGUAUUCAAAGAUAUAUAGCUAGAAUACUUUUUACCUACCGUGAUCUUGCACCUGUUGCUGGUGUACAAAGCACGACAAAUCAUUUCUUUUUUUUUCUUUUUAUUUACCUACAAAGAAGAAAAAAACCCACAAUUAAAUCACUUUUAGGUUAUUGUAUACUGAAGGGAAUUUUCCAGUUGGAUUUAAAAGAUGUUUAUUUUUGUUGUCAUAUUGUUUACGUGCAGAAAACAGUAACUUGUGCACAAGUUAAUGGAUGAAACAAUCCUGUUAUUCCUUGAUGUUAUAGAUGUGUGCUUGAUAUGUGUAUAGUUAUGAGGUUUUGCUGCCUAGUUGACUACCUAACCAGUUUUAGUGGUGUAGAUUUGUCAUCUCUAAUGUUUCCCUGAAGACGUUCUUUUUCUUCUGCCAAGCUGACAAGUUGAUGUUCAAAUAGUUUUAUUUCUGGUAGACAUGUUUGCACAAAUUGAACUGCUACGUUUGAGUCGCAAUUCUUAUUUUUAUAUUCACUUUUGUACUUUAAGAGUAGUAAUGUGUAUUUUCUACAUCCUUUUCCAAUUACCUGCAGCAUAAGCUAAAAAAAACAAACCCUCUUACUUUUAGUUUUGUUCUGUCAGUAUAAUUGAGGCAGGUGUUACAUGAUAUACUGUAUCGGGUGGAUUUUUAUGCACUUCAGCAGAAGGUUUUUAUGUGGAGACGUUUCUUCCAUACCUUAAUCCUGACCGGAGUUGUGUGUGUGUGUGUGUGUGUGUGUGUGUGUGUGUGUGUGGAUUGAAAGUUUUGUGGAUUGAAAGUUAACUAGUCUGAUUGUUUGACUUCUAGUUUUAGUGUCCUGGAGAAAUGCUGUUGGAUUGAAACAUUGUGUUUUCCAAAUAAGCCUAAAUUUCAAUGUUUGAUGAAGCGGUGUGGGUGCUGGGGACGUGCUGUUAUCUCAGGUUCUGUGUUCUGUCCACAUAAAUAUAUAAUUGAUAAUAUGUUGUCUUUGUGAUGUAUUUUACUGGUCUUUAGUCAUCACUCUUAAUGCUUUGGUACAACAUGUCUGCAGAGAGGUGUUGCAGUUGCAGCCUGAACAGAGUCUGAUUUGUGAACUGUAAACCUACACAUUUAUAUUUUACAUUUCCUGUGCGGUCAAGUUUCGAAUACUGAAAGAUCAAACAGAUGUUCAAUAUGUUAAAUAAUAAAUAAAAAAAACUGUAUUUUCUCCUUGAAAA